AUGUCGUUAACCAUACCCCGGUUGGAGCUCUGUGCCGCGCUCCUGUUGUCACGUCUGUUGUCGAUACGUUUGAAAACCUUACGGGAUAAAGUCAAGAUUACGCGAGUCCGGGCAUGGACAGAUUCAACCAUUGUUUUAUCCUGGCUCACAGCCGAACAAAGGCUGUUUAAAAUAUUCGUCACUAAUCGUGUAUCCAAAAUACGAGACCUCGUGCCCCAGUGCGAAUGGGCACACGUUGGUACUUCAGAAAAUCCAGCUGACCCUGCCUCGCGAGGAUUACUGCCAGAUGCUUUGGUAGCAUGCUCAUCAUUUUUACAUGGACCAAAAUUCCUUCAUUAUGCUGAAUGCCAAUGGCCGGUUGUUACUACAUCAAGUGUAAGUCCUGAAGAGCUUCCUGAAUAUAAACGCCCAUCAAAAAAUAUGCUUCUAACCCGACAGGUUGAUGCUAGCUUCAUCCAACGUUUUUCCGUGUUGCGCAAGAUACAACGGGUGUUAGCAUACUGUCUUAGGUUUGCUGACAAGGCUCGGCAACGUACGGUUGUGAGUGGACCAAUCACUUGGCUAGAGUACGAGAAAGUAUUAAUUAAGGUAACAAUGUACACCCAAAGGUUAUAUUACUCAGAUUUGUAUCACCAACUAGUAACUUCAAAUUCCAUCGUCACUCCGAGUUCCCUUGCUCAGCUUGCACCCUUCGUCGACGCUCAUGAUAUUAUUAGAGUAGGCGGUCGUUUACAGCAUUUGGGCUUGCGCACCGACGCCAAACACCCUAUUUUGUUGUCGAAAUCGUCUCACCUUGCUCAGCUUAUUGUCCAUCACUACCAUCUCAAUACUUUACAUGGUGGAACGCGUUUAGUAGCUUCGUUAGUUCAGCGCCGUUUCUGGAUCGUUUCAAUUCGAGCUGCGAUUCGUCAAGCCAUAUUCAUAUGUACAGUGUGUACUAGAUACAAGGCCGCAGCUCCCCAACCAUUGAUGCCAGAUUUACCAUCAACAAGGGUCCAACAAUUCCGACCAUUUUCCAACGUGGGCAUGGAUUACGGAGGUCCCUUCACCAUCAAGGAGAGUCAACGCCGUAACUCAAAGACGCAUAAGGCGUAUCUUGGGUUAUUUGUCUGUCUAUCUACCAAGGCUGUGCACCUGGAGGUCGUCACAGACUUGUCGACGGAGGCAUUCCUAGCGUCUCUCGAUCGAUUUGUGGCUCGGCGAGGUAUUCCGGUGCAGAUUCAUUCUGACUGUGGAACUAAUUACGUUGGAGCAGCGAAACAACUCAAGACAUUAUUCCACGAUGCAGCAACGAAGGAAGCACUUCAUGCACGAGUUCCAUGUCAAUGGAAGUUCAAUCCGCCUGCGGCUCCGCACUUUGGUGGUAUUUGGGAGGCUGCUAUUAAGAGUACUAAGUUACAUCUAAAGAAGGUAGUAGGUAAUCAGGUGUAUACUCUGGAAGAAUUGAUGACGCUAAUCACACGUAUUGAAGGUGUACUCAACUCUCGCCCAUUAGUCGCCAUGUCGACCGAUCUGAACGAUUUAUCUGUGCUAACACCAGGACAUUUUUUAAUUGGGCAACCUCUAAUGGCGAUUCCCGAACACGACAUUGCUGACGUUCCGCAGAAUCGUCUCAAGCGCUGGCAGUUAAUUAGACAAGCCCUUCAGUCAUUCUGGAAACGAUGGAGUCGGGAAUAUCUCCAUACGCUGCAGAGCAGACAAAAAUGGUUCCAUCAAAAUCCUAGUCUCGGUGUCGGAGAUAUCGUUGUCAUAAAUUCACCUUCUCGACCUCCGUUGAUGUGGCAGCUUGGUCGAAUCAUCGAGGUCCAUCCUGGUGCUGACCAAGUGGUCCGUGUAGCCACUGUCAAGACUGCAGAAGGGACACUGAAACGUCCAGUCGUGAAGUUGGUCAAACUACCUACUGACAACGCUUAA